CUUCAUAAAGAGCUGAGGUCCACUGGCACAGCCCAUCACUUUGCCUACCUCCUGAAUGCAUCCGACUACCGUAUCCUGCGUAUGGAUGAGGACCAUGAUCGCAUGUACAUUGGCAGCAAGGACCAUAUCCUAUCCCUAGACCUUCAUGAUAUCAACAACAGCCCACAUAUUAUCCAUUGGCCAGUGUCUGAACGAAGAAAGAUGGAAUGCCUCGUGAGUGGAAAAGAUGCCAGUGAGGAGUGUGCAAAUUUUAUCCGUCUGAUCGAACCGUGGAACCGAACUCAUCUGUAUGUCUGUGGGACCGGAGCUUACAAUCCAGUCUGCACCUUUGUCAAUCGUGGCCGCAAACCUCAGACGUCCAUGUAUCUGCUGAUGGCCCAGGCCAGAGGAAGGGCUAGCCGCGCAGCCGAACCCAGCGCGGUCCACGAAACACUUGGACUGAAGGAAGAAAUCUUUCAUUUGGAGCCUGGAAAAGUGGAAUCUGGGAAGGGAAAGUGUUCCUACGACCCGAAGCUCAACAGCGUGUCCACUUUGAUUAAUGGAGAACUGUAUGCUGGGGUCUAUGUUGACUUCAUGGGAACCGACUCGGCUAUUUUCCGAACUUUGGGAACAAAGACUGCUAUGCGAACAGAUCAGUACAACUCCAGAUGGUUGAACGACCCCACCUUCAUUCAUGUGCACCUUAUUCCGGACAGUGCAGAGAGAAAUGAUGACAAGCUGUAUUUUUUCUUCCGGGAGAAGUCCUCGGAGAUGGGCCAGACCCCCGUGACCCAGUCCCGGAUAGGACGUAUCUGCCUGAAUGACGAUGGGGGUCACUGCUGUUUGGUCAACAAGUGGAGCACCUUCCUGAAGGCGAGGCUCAUCUGCUCGGUGCCCGGAGCAGACGGCAUGGAAACGCACUUUGACGAGCUCCGAGAUGUGUACAUACAGACAACGCAGGAUACAAAAAAUCCUGUGAUUUAUGGCGUCUUCACAGUCUCUGGUUCUGUGUUUAAAGGUUCAGCAGUUUGUGUGUACUCCAUGGCCGACAUCCGCAUGGUCUUCAACGGUCCCUUUGCUCACAAGGAGGGCCCCAAUUACCAGUGGGUGGCCUACACUGGGAAGAUGCCCUACCCUCGACCUGGCACGUGCCCCGGAGGAACGUUUACACCCAACAUGAAGUCCACAAAGGACUACCCAGAUGAAGUGAUUAACUUCAUGAGGAAUCACCCUGCCAUGCACAAUGCGGUGUACCCAGUGCACAAGCGCCCCCUAGUGGUUCGGACCAACGUGGACUAUGAGUUCACCACCAUCUCAGUGGAUCAGGUGACGGCUGCAGAUGGCAACUAUGAAGUGCUUUUCUUGGGAACUGACAAAGGGACUGUUCAGAAAAUCAUUGUGUUGCCUAAAGAUGACCUGCAGACAGAGGAGUUGGUCCUGGAGGAGGUUGAGGUUUUCAAGGUCCCCACACCUAUAACAACAAUGAAGGUGUCAUCCAAAAGA